AUGAAGAACUUCACUGUAGUGGAUGAUACUGGAAGUGCAACUAACUUUUUUUUUACCUCUUGUUUCAGUGGGAAGCAAACAGUGACACAGCCAAGUGGACCUGGAUUUCUAAAUUGGAUCUUUCAAAUUACAAGUGGGAAGCAAACAGUGACACAGCCAAGUGGACCUGGAUUUCUAAAUUGGAUCUUUCAAAUUACAAGUGCAAUGAGCAUUUUGACUGAUGACCUGAAGGGCAUCAUCUUCAGAGCUUUGCCAACAAUUGAGAAAGGCACUCAACAGGCACUGAUUGACAAGCUAUUAGGCUCUGGACUGGAAUCUACACAAGACCUGAAAUAUGUAACUCAAGAAGAUAUUAGUGACCUAUUGCCUGCCAUUCAACAACGAAAGCUCUUGGAAGCAUUUAAAAAUGAGACAGAGGUGAUCACUUUAGACCUACAAAUGUUCCCUUCUCCAGCCCCAGCAGUCACAAGUCCUUUAGCACAUUCUUGCUCGAGUCCAAUAAGUGUAGUCUCACUCUCAAACACAGACUCUAACAGCUCAGAAGAUUGUGGGCCAUCCAUCCUUAUCAGAAAAUCGUGGCCAGAAACAUUCCAGGUGCCAUGGAACCUCAUGCCUGUGGAAAUUCGUUCAGCAGUAGCUGAUGGCAAGAGACCUUCACCUGCAGCACGACGACAGAUGGUCAGAGUUUUGGCAGAUGAGAUGAGGAGACAUGAGCAAAACCCAACACGCUCACAAUGUGUCACUGUCUGCCGAAAAAUCACCCGCCAGUACCCUCAGAGUUUUGCUGAUCUACGUGACAAUGGUCAACUACUGGGAGAUGGCUAUACCUCACUCUUAAUUCAAAUAAAAAACCGAAUUGAGAAUCUGAACCGCAACAGCAGCUUUCGCCAACACCGUUCAUCUGGUGAUGGACUAAAAAGAGGACCUACUGAUACAUAUGGCUGCACCCGAUUCCAGCCUGACCUCCCACCAGAGGAGACAGAUGAAACAGUAGAACAGAAACGUCAACGGAUGGAGGAGAUAUACCGCCGAGACGGCACGAAUGGGGCUGAAAGAGCAGAAGUAAAGCAAUUCAUGGAAACAACCUUCUGCCUGCAGCGUCGCCAAAUAAAUGCAUUACCAGCACCAGCCAUUACAGAUUUAAGAGAGCAAUGGCCAUACUUCUUCACUCAGAAAGGUCCUUAUGCACAUUUUGAGCUUCUCACUGAUAUCAAAGUGUUACGUGCACUUGAACUUGCAAUGGAGGAGUGUGGAAGCACCAUUGUAGAGUUCUUUAAAAACAAACCCACCAAUGCAGAUGUCCGUGCAGUCCUUUCACUGGGUCCAAACCUAGAACUGUCCUUCGGCAUCAUCCAACUUCUAAUGGCUCACUUCUCUGAGACACUGGAAGGGUUGAUCCUUCUUGCAAAUGCAUGUGACACGGCAGCUGAUGUUGAAAGGACCCUCACACUACCUGCAACUCCUCGACUGAUACUCUGUGUUUCAGGUGAAACACCAGGAAGCUGUAUUCACCGCUGGAUGAUCAGCCUUGAAGAGCACAUAAUUUGUGAGGGCAUACAGCCAACUUUUCUGACUGGGCUUGCUGCUGUUUUUUCUACUUACUACGCCUUCAAUCUUCAGUACCAUGACGAUGCUGCAUGCACACUGGAAUUCAUUCAAAGGUGGUUCAUCGGGAUCAAUCCCGAGAGAGGCACCAAGGCUGGACGUGGAAAAGUUCAGUCAAAGAAGACAGGAAAGAUCGCCCAGAAGAAGGUGACAUCAGUCAACCCUCGUGUCUCCAGUCUACUCAAGAAACUUAUGGACUUUGCGUGGGACUUCAUAUAAUACAGUCAAGCCAGUAAUUCACACACACACUAUUUUUUUCACUUUGUCAUUCUUGGUCAGAUAGUCACUGACUUAGUUGUUCAGAUGUUCACUCAGCCACUUUCAGUUAUGUACCUACUCACUCAGUCACUCUGUUCAUGUCCAGAGUUCAGUUUUUAGACAGACUACAGGACUUGUUAAAACACGGUAUUGAUAAUUUAUAUUAUUUAUGUGUCUGAAAUUGAAGUUUAUUUACAUGGACAAGCUUUGUGCUUUGUUAUUGUCUACCUUCUAAUAUUAUACAAAUGUUUUGCAAUUUCAUUCAUUUAAGUCAUACUAAUUUUGAUUAUAUUUUUUGUAUUUAUUUGUGUCAAGUGUUCACGCUACUGCACUUCUUGAAGCUUACUUUUUAAAUAGCUGAAAUUUUAGUUUUUUUCAUAAACGUGUGUCAGGCUUUUAUUUGUUUUUCAAGAAAGCUUUUUAAAUGCUAUUCAAAAGUUUAAUAAAGAGUGACAUGUUUUGAAAAGA